CUGCUCGCGUGCCAUCGAAAAGGGAAGGAGUUCAGUUGAAAGUGGGCUUUUGCAGUGAACGGUUCGCACAGGUUUGGUAAUCAUGGAGCUGAAAAGUUGUGAAGUCAAGGAUUAUAAUCCGUUUGAGCAUCGGAAGAUCGAGAAACCUAAUUCAACAAUCGGGACGCUGAUUCAUUUGGUGAAAGGAACGUUGGGUACCGGAAUACUUUCCAUGCCAUUGGCGUUCCGCAAUGGAGGAUUUGCUUUUGGCAUCGUGGGAACAGUCAUUUCCGGGAUUAUUUAUGCUCACUGUGUUUAUCUGCUGGUUAGCACAUCCCGGAAAGCCUGUCGCAGAAGCUUCGUUCCUAUGCUAGGGUAUACAGAAACAGUAGAAAAUGUGUUUACUCACGGUCCCCGUGGCGUUAAAAAAUACGCCAUUUUAGCCAGGCGUUGCACCGACGUUCAGCUUCUUUUGAAUAGCUACUUGCUAAUAUGUGUUUACUUGGUCUUUAUAGGAAACACAUUGAAAGAUAUAGUCAAUCACGACUUCCAGCUGGGUUGGGACACCCGCGUGUUUAUCUUCCUAGCGGCUGUCCCACUAAUUUUCACUACCCAAAUACGUGAACUGAAAUAUCUUGUUCCAUUCUCAGCUAUAGCAAAUGCAUUGAUUAUAACAGCUAUCGGCAUCACCAUGUUCUAUAUCUUGAAGGAGCCCAUUUCACUGGAGAACAGAAGUAUGUGGCCCGCCUGGAAUACUCUACCGGCGUUCAUCGGAACUGUUAUGUACGCUCUUCUUGGAAUCGAAUACGUGCUCCCAAAUGAGAAUAAAAUGAAGCGUCCUGAGCAUAUGCUGGGCAAUUGUGGUGUUGUAAACGUAGCUGUUUGCUUCAUAACUGCUCUCUACACGAUAGUUGGAGCUUUAGGCUACGCACAGUACGGUGAUGACACCAAAGGUUCAGUGACUCUCAAUCUCCCGGCCAAUGAAGCACUAGCGAAAUCAACCCAGCUGCUAACAAUAACAGCAAUCAUCCUGUCAACCGGCCUGAUCAACUACGUCCCAACGGAUAUCGUCUGGCGGAAGAUCCAGCACAAAAUCGACCCAAAACGGCACAACUUUGCACAGAUCUCGUUCCGGUUCGGUAUGCUGGUCUUGCUGACGGCCAUUGCCGUGGGUGUUCCGGAGCUGGAACCGUUUGUUGGGCUGACUGGAUCCAUCAGCGGUGGAUCGUUGGUUGUGAUCAUUCCGGCCGUUAUCGAUACCGUCUUUCGAUGGCCCGGUGGGUUCGGAAGAAUGAACUGGAUCUUGUGGAAGAAUGUGUUAGUGUUGGUGUUUGGGUUGUUGGUGUUGGGCAUUGGGACGUACUUUAGUGUCGUUGAUAUUGUGGCUAUUUAUGAGAAAGAAUAAAUGGAUGGAGACGAAGAACGUAUUGUGUAAGAAUUGCUGUGAUUACAUCCAUUGGAAAUGCGCCGAAAAGG